AUGUCAGGAAACUCCGGCAAACCACCAAUCCCUCCUAGACCGUUCGAGUUUACAGAGAGGGCGGUCUUACGAUGGCUAGAUAGAUACUUCCGCGACUAUUUCGAGGAGUGGGUACAAGGUUCCCGAUCACAGUUCAACAGCAUGUUGGAAUUUUUCGAUGAUUCGAUCCCAUGGAUGAGAAAUGAUCAACCAGGUUGUGGAGAAGUAGAAGUAUUGCAGAAAUCUUUCCGCAUGACUGCGCGCAGGUUUCUUGGUACAUCACGCGCAGACAGGAUGUUCACAGCUGCAAAAUUUCCUGAAAUCUUCGAUGUUAGAUUUCAGCCAAUUGUGUGGCGCGAUGAUAUUGAGCUACCUGCCGAUCUCAGGCAGAGAUAUAGGGAGUAUCGACAGAGAGUCCGACAGUACGAGGACCUAGUGAGAGCUUAUAGGCAAGGCUUGUCAGAACCUCAACAGAACAUUCCACAGCCUCCCACACCCUUGCCGCCGUCUACAGCACCAAAUCAAGAAGACAUUUCGGAAGAUCGUCAAACAGCCAUCAAACAACUCCCACAGCAGACUCAACCCCAACCACAGCCUCAACAAGCUCGACCUACUCAAAUUGGUCAAGCUCAACAGCACGAGAGAUUCGUUACUGCGACGAAUGGAGGGUUGGCCGCCUCGCCAUAUUCCGCGCCAGCCCCAUCUCAGCAACCACAGCCUCCCACACAGGCAGCUGCAGCUUCAGGGGACAAUCGAGCUCCUCUUUAUAGGACAGAUGCUGGUUCUUGGCUCUACUGGUCAAUUUUCAUGACAGACGAGUACGACUCAUUCCAGCUAUUCUGUGCUGUCAAAGGAGAGUAUGUAAAGCCCGUUGAAGAAGACUUCAACCUCAGGCUUCCCAAUCAACAAAGCAUGAGAGAUAAUUACAUCGUCAUCUGGCCUGAGGAUAAGAGUAAGAGAAGAGUCGACAAGGUGGCAAGUGUGAGAAAGCCUCUUGACCAAUGCUUCUUCGUUUUGCAGUCAUGGGCCGAUGAGGUCGAGAGACAGAGAGAGCAUCGCUCGAGCGGACAAGUCACAGCCAAGUCACCAAGCAUCAAGGAGUAUCUUGUUACUUGGGAGGGUUUUGUCGAGCGUGAAACCUUUCCAAGGGUUUCUAGGCCAUUAGUUCAGGCCCCUUUGGAAAUCAGACAGCGACGACCUCUCGAACCAGAGGUCAGCAGAGAUCUAUCGAGACUACGCUCGCGCAAGAACGCGGUCGGUGGCGCUCCCUUGCUACUGACCAAGGAUGAGAUCUCCAGACCGCAACCACAGGCCGCAACACAGAAGCCAACUCCGAGUCAAAAGCCACGCGGUGGCCUUAAGACUCACCACGAGGCAUAUAACCCAGAGAAUCUCUAG